GCCCCAAGUAUACAAUGAAACACACUGUUAGUGUCUGAGACGAACAUAACGUAAGAUAUACGGACCAACGACGCAGUAGCAUGACAUACGCUUGUAUUCUGCGUACAGGUUGCGAAUGUUCGCAUGACAUAUGCAGACUGCUCCCUGAUUCCAUGUGAUUAAUGGAUAUUUGCAUCGAUAAGCAAGGAAAUGUUUCCGCUGGAUAUGGAGUCCUGAUACAAGCUGUCCAUUGCGAAGUGAUGGCAAACCGAAACAGAACCCUUAGUGAGAAGGUUCCGAUAGAUGAAAUUGAGUCCCUGCUUCUGUCGCGUCUGAUGGCAUCCUAUGACCUCGAACCUCACGCUGGCUUUGCACCUUGUCAUGUUGACAAUGAUCGUGAUAAUUGGCUCAACCACCAGGACACUCUACAGAUGGCUACAGUCAACACUGCAGCAACACCAAGGCUUUAUCCAGACUUACAACUUUUCAACAACGGAAAUAUACCAGUUGAACCACGACAGAUGCCAACAGCUCCACCUUACCAGUCAUCGGAACCAUCCUCACUGUCCUCGGCCCAGCAGUUGCGACCGUAUCUCCCGCCAGUGUUGGAUGGCAUCAGGACGCCAGUGGCGUCUUACCUGGCAACAAAUACCUUCCCACUCAGAGGACCGGGUCUCGGGGAUAUAGUGAAAUCGUCAGAGGUUCAACAGUUUCUCAAGAAGGUCCAGCUGGAACACCAGUGUAGCAUCAGUAUGGAGGAGGUUGUGACAGAUAAACAAAACUUCAACGUGCAUUUGCUGAGCGGGAACAUUAUACAUACAAAGGCGGAUGUCCUUGUCACAUCGGUGUCCCCCGAUCUUGAUCUGAAUAAAGAUUCUCUCUCCCGUGUCGUCUCGGCGAUGGCAGGGCCUGACCUGCAAACAAGCCUAGAUGGGCGGUACCCACACGGGGUGCGAGUCGGCGAUGUCGUGGACGCCAUGCCGGGACGUCUUCAUUGUUCUCUGAUCCUGCAUGCCUGUCUGUCCCGCUUUGACGGAGAUUACCAUGGAGACUGUAUAUCCACACUGAGGACAGUUCUGCUCAAGUGUCUUCAGCUGACCACACAGAGAGGCUUCAAGUCAAUUGCCCUUCCAGCCCUAGGCACCGGUCAGCUGGGUUAUCCCCCUUCCACGGUGGUGGAGCUGCUGAUGGGUGUGUACAGUGAGAUCACCUCUGACAUGGGCUCAGGUCUUGAAGUGUUUGUUAUUGUUGAGCCGCCCAAACACCGUCUCUUCCAGGCACUUAGAGGAAAACUGCAAGAAAUGAACCGUAUUUUCAUCGGGCGCGAAGUUAUCAUGAUAGGAAGUAUCCAACUGGAAGUUAUUCUGGGUGAUGCGAAGCAGGAAGAUGCCGACGUGAUUGUAUACAUCACACAACCAGGAUCAGGUUCAACGCAAAAGAACACGUUUGAGCGGACUCCUGAUAGGAAGUCGACACAGAUCUAUCUUGAUGAUCCUGAGAAUAUCUGGUCUUGUCUUAUGGAGGCAAAGAAAAGGCAGACGCAGUCAGUGGUGAUGUCAUACACUAGACCAGUUGAUGGAAGUGCAGACGAAUGUUGGGCCAGGUCCCUGUAUCAUGGCAUAGUCAAGUUCUCUGACGAAAGGGGGAGGUCAGAUCAUCCACUGAAUGACAUUAGACUGGCUGUAGAGAACAUACAGGACUUUGUCCAGGUCCUACUACGUCUGAAGACAAUGGAGCAGAUGGGCGAGACAGAUGAACUCAUCUCAUUGCGGAACAGAUUACAGCCCCACGAGGAAGCUGUCCAGGAGUUCACUGUGUGUGUCACGUCUCCUGAUCACGAUAAAAUAGAUCGGUGCAUUGAAAAUCUACAGUCCAGUUGGCAUAUUCUUAUUAAAGAGAGAAAGCUCAAGCAAAGCAUGCGGGAUAUCACUUACGAUCACAAACACGACCUGAAAGAACUAGCAGCCAUGCAUAACGUCCAUGUAAGCAUUGCCAAAGGUCGCAUGACCAUCACUGGGACUGAGAACUGUAUGCUGAAAGCUGAAGCGGCUAUACUCGACCGACUCAACAACUUCAAGUCUGCCAGACCAGGAUGUACAUGGUAUUGGCAUAAGUCGUCCAGACUGGUGCCAUGUGGCGAACCCUGCAGCAGGAUGCUUGAAGCAGCUUCCCGGUCAUCCCUCUCUUUAGCCGUUGUGAAGGAUGACUCGGGCAAGUGCUUCACGGCAAACCUAGCAGCGGCUCCACCAGUGAUAUACGCGUUUGGGCGACCAGAGAGCAAGGCGGAGCUCGUUCGGUCUAGAGAUAGCCGCGGUAACAAACUGCCAGCAUUUUGGAGCCACCCCCAAAGUGGAGAGGGUUACCGUGUUAGGCUCGCGAAAGGAUUUGAGUAUGACAGUGUUGUGGACAACUUGAAACGUACCCUGGGACAUAAAUGCAAAGUGGAAAAGAUUGAAAGGAUCCAGAACCAGACACUCUACAAGCAGUAUAUGACCAAGGCAGAGCAGCUUCAGAAACAAAAUGGCGCCCUGUUCACCAAUGAAAGAACGUUGUGGCAUGGAACAAGUGAACGUAAUACAGCUCUGAUCAACUCCAGGGGCUUCAGCAGAAGCUCCAGCGGCCACACAGCUUCCCCGUACGGAGAAGGGUGUUACUUUGCUGUGAAGUCGAGCCACUCCGCCAACCCCCUGUACUCUCCCCCAGACAAGUAUGGAUGGAAGAGGAUGUACCAGUGUCGUGUUCUAACUGGCAAAUUCACGCUUGGGAGAGCCCGGAUGAAGGACACGCCCUUCAGGGGGCAAGGGAAGAACGUCAAGUACGACUCCGCCGUUGAUGAUGUGAAGAAACCCAGUUGUUUCGUUGUAUUCAAUGACACACAGGCGUACCCGGAGUAUCUCAUCACUUUUAGAAUAGUUAAGUGAUGUUCUCCAGAGCUUUAUGUUAUGAAACGAAUAUGGCUCUGGUAUGUCAAGUUCCGUCAAAUCUACAGGAAUUGAACAUGUUUACCCACUAAAUUUAACUGUUCAUCUUUUGUUUAAAUUAUGAACAUUUAGCAUUCAUUGUAGGUCUACCAAGCAUGGUAUUGGCCACCGUUAUGAUAAUUGAGUAUUAAUGCUGUACAGUUUGAUACGAACCUACCAUCAUGGUGCGUGAUAUCAGUGCACGUGUAUGUCCCCGUUAAUAACAAAUUGAAUAUUAUCGUACUCAGUGCACCUGUCACGCAUUGUCAUUUUCCUGCGACAAAGUUGGGACAGCGUUUGGUUUUGCGUGUAAUUGCCCCGCGAGGAAAACACGCCCGCCCGCCCGACCGACAGACCGACAGACAGACCGCACUCCCGCCCGCACUCACGCACACUUUCCACAAUCACAUCGUCCGACACAUCUAUUUUUAUAUCUUCAAUUUUAUCUGCAACACAAACAGAAAAUGAUUCUUUCAUAAAUGUAUACGUACAUGUAGUCACGUCAAUAUGUGUUGUAGAAUAUUGUCAGGAA